ACCCAGAGCCAGAUGCCACGGCAAACUGAGCCAUGUUUUUUCAAUAAAAAAAAUAACGGAAAAUUUGUAUUCGAGCAUGCCUAAAGCCAAAAGAGUGUCGAUUGCAACAAAAUCAGCGAGUUCCAUUGAAGAGAGCAGCAGUAGCAGCAGCAGCAGAUAGCAACUCACUAACACCAUGAUGGCUUCACACUCUAUAUUCCUCCCCAAAACAAACCCAAGCCUUCUGCACAUGCCCAACACCACUCUCUGUUCCAUUAACCCACGUGCUUAUUCCAGGAAACACAAGGGUCGGUUCUCUGUUUCUUGUUCUUCGUCUGAAUCGUACGACAUCGUCAUAGUGGGAGCAGGCGUCAUUGGCUUAACCAUCGCUCGCCACUUCCUCCUUUCUUCCGACCUCUCUGUCGCCAUCGUCGAUAAGGCUGUCCCUUGUUCUGGUGCCACUGGCGCAGGGCAGGGACAUCUGUGGAUGAUAAACAAAACCCCUGGCAGUGCUACAUGGGAUCUUGCGUGGAGGAGCCAUCAACUUUGGAAGACGCUGGCGCAGAGCCUAGAAGAGCAUGGCUUGGAUCCUGAAGUGGAGUUGGGUUGGAAACAAUCUGGAAGCCUAUUAAUUGGUAGAACUGAUGCUGAGUCAGACAUGCUAAAAGGGAGGGUGAAACAACUUUGUGAGGCUGGGUUGAAACCAGAGUACCUGUGUAGCAGUGAUUUGUUUAAAGAGGAACCUGAUCUGUUGGUGGACAAAGACACUGCAGCUGCUUAUCUACCAGAUGACUGCCAAUUGGAUGCUUAUCGUACUGUUGCAUAUAUUGAGAAGACUAACAGGAAUUUUGCAUCAAAAGGAAGAUACAAAGAAUUUUAUGAUGACCCAGUGAAAUGUUUCAUCAGGUCAGAUAGCAAUGGGGUGGUCAAAGCUGUUCAGACUUCCAAGAACAUAUUAUACAGCAAGAAAGCAGUUAUAGUUGCAGCUGGUUGCUGGACUGGUUCUUUGAUACAGGACUUGUUUAGAAAUUGGGGAAUGGAGUUACAUGUUCCAGUAAGGCCCAGAAAGGGUCAUCUACUUGUGCUUGAAAAUUUCAAUUUCCUUCUAUUGAAUCAUGGCUUGAUGGAGGCAGAUUAUCUCAAUCAUCCAACAGUUUCUGGUUUAGAAGCAUCCGAUCUUGAAAAGAACUUGUCUGUUUCAAUGGUAGCAAGUAUAGAUGCGGCAGGGAAUCUUCUUCUUGGGAGUAGCCGUGAAUUUGUUGGUUUCAACACCAAUUUGGACGAGUCUGUUGUCAGUUACAUAUGGAAGAGAGUUGGAGAAUUCUUUCCCAAAUUGAAAAUGCUUUCCCUUUCAGAUAUAAGUGCAAGUAGAAAAGUCAGAAUAGGAUUACGACCUUACAUGCCUGAUGGGAAGCCAGUGAUUGGGCCUGUGCCUGGCUUGUCAAAUGUGUACCUUGCAGCUGGACAUGAAGGGAGUGGGCUUUCAAUGGCUUUGGGGACUGCUGAAAUGGUCGUUGAGAUGGUGUUGGGAUAUCCCGGAAAAGUUAACACUGCGCCUUUUGCUGUGCAUCAAGUUCUUGAUUAAAAUAUGCACAACUCUUGAGAAUUGUAAGUGAUUAGCUCAAAUUUUAUGUGAACAAGGUAUUCAAAUUCAUGCUUAAAUGUUUAGCUUAUAAGCUCUUGUUGUAAUAAAAAAGAAAAGGUCUAAUAUAUAUACAUAUAAUCUACUUUUCAAAAA